CUUGAAUAAAGUGCUGUGCCAUUCGAUAAGGUGGGAGAUCCUUGGGAAAUCCUCUCUUAUUCUGCAAAUUGGCUAUAUAUUCAAUUCCGAUCAGCAUUUGACUCUGUUGCAGUGCACUCUUUGUCGAAGGAUUCAUCUUUGUGUUAGUAAUGAAGCUUAUAGAGAAUAGUUGUGUCGCUGAGGGAUCGGGAUCAAUGAAGAUCAUAACAGAGGAAGAAGUGGAUCUUUGGUUACUCUACAAUCUCAUCUCGAAAGGUGAUUGUGUUUCUUCUAAAUCCACGAGGAAGGUUGAGAAAUCACAAUCACGUGUGAAAAAAAGUGCUCCCAUUUAUUCUGAAUCUACGAGGAAGGUUGAGAAAUCACGUGUGAAAAGUGCUUCCAGUUCUUCUGAUUCCACAAGGAAAGUUGGGAAAUCACGUGUGAAAGUACAAGUAGAACUCAAAGUAGUUGCUCUUGAUUACGACAAAGACAAAAAGGGUUCUGUACUUCGAGUUCGAGGUAUGAGCACCUCCGACUCAGACCACAUAGCCACAGGUGGUUUCCACACUCUGGAGAUUGAGCUAGGUCAAAAACUCAACAUCACUAAGAAGGUUUGGGAUUCUGAGGUCUUAUACUCGUUCAACCAAGCCUUCAAUCGAAGUGCCUCCAAAAUUAGAGAAGCUAACAUGGUGGUACUAGUCAUGCAAGAAGGGCUCGCUCAUCUGUACCUGGUCGGCAACACCAUGACCUCCACUCUCUUGGCCAAGAUUGAUUGCAACAGCCAGAAGAAGAAGAUUGAGAGCGACAAUAAGAAGAAAAAGAAGACUGAGACUGACAAUAAGAAGAAAAAGAAGACUGAGACCGACAAUAAGAAUGAGAGCGACAAUAAGAAGAAGAAAACUGGGACGACGACGGGAGUCACUGAAUUGAAAGAUAAAGAGAAAGAUACUACUGGUAAAAACUUUUUCGAGGAGGUUGGACAAGCAUUCAUGAAACAUGUGGACAUGGGGGUGGUUCGAUUUGUGGUGAUUGGGAGCCCGGCAGGUUUGAAGGAUCGAUUCCGGAACUAUCUAUUGCAAGAGAAGAAAUCAAUAAUGGAUCACAAACCGUGUUUGGUUCUGGUGCCUACAAGCUCUGGAAGAAAGGAGAGUUUGAGGGAGGUGUUGGAAGACCCCAGAGUAAAGAAUCUGAUAAAAGAUACGAAGGUGGCGGAGGAGAAGAGGUUACUGGAGGAGUUUAUGGAGUUUAUGAGGAGUGGUGGUCAUGGGCGUGUGUGUUAUGGGGUGAAUAGCGUGGAGGCAGCGCAAGAGAUGGUGGCAGUGGAGAAGCUGUUUAUAACCGAUGGGCUGUACAGUAGUGAGGAUGUAGGAACAAGGUGGAGGUACAUGGAGAUUGUGAGUGCUGUGGAGGAUUAUGGAGGUGUUGUUCAUGUCUUCUCUUCCACGGACGUGUCUAAGGAACUUACAAAGUUGACGGGCAUUGCUGCCAUUCUACGCUUUCCCUUACCCCACUUGAAUGACAUGAUGGAAGGUCUGGUUCUUCAAUAGUUUAAUUUGUUAACUUAAUUUGUAUGCACAAAGCUGAGGAUGAAUUUUUUAGUUUUAAUACCUUUUUCAGUUAGUUCCUCAGUGGGUUUUCUGAACUAUGAUUAGUUAGAUCUUUUGUUUCCAA